GGCUAGCCACGACCCACCAUGGCCGAUAUCGAUGAUUCGAUCGACGACACCUCCUUCAGAUGUCUGCUUUGUUUCCAGCCGUAUGACUGUCCCCGUGAGCUUCCUUGUUUACACACGUUUUGUCGUCGUUGUUUCGACUCGUUUACACAGACCGAAUUAACUACCAACAGAACGUUUCCUUGUCCAAUCUGUGAGAAACCCACUCCACUUAGCUGUCCAAAGUCUCCAGUGAGCACGUGGGCAUCUUUUCUUCCACAUGGCCUGACUCAUCAACUGUCGCCUUCGGUGACACAGGCUGGAGACGGUGACGUUGUUUGUGAGGGGUGUCGGAGAGACGACGAGAACACUAGGGCGACACACUGGUGUCGGCAUUGCGUCGAAGCCCUCUGCUCGUCGUGUAAAAUCGCACACCGACGGAACAAAAAGACCAAUGAUCACAAAGUUGUUGAAAUCAGUGCGGUAAGGAACCCCGGAUCGUCAGUGCUGCCUCUUUCUGUUCCUGAACGGUGUCCUCAACAUCCCGGCAAAACUUUAGAAGUCUAUUGUAUAGAUCACCAUACACUAUGCUGUAUCUUAUGUCUGGCAGUUUCACACCGGCAAUGUAGUCACGUGCGGAGUAUAGAGGACGUCUCACGAGAGCCCAUGUCGACCUGUGACGACACGUGGAUUAGGAUAGAGGCUGAAUCCAAGGUGUUGUUACAGAAAUAUGAGGAAGCAAUUUCCUCGUUAGACUUGGAUAAAGAAAACGCAAUUGCAUCGAUGAUCGCAAAGCUUGACGCGGUCAGAAAGAAAAUAGAUGAACUUCAGAUGAAAUGA